UCGGGCGCCACGUCCGCAGCCAGAGGCCGCCGCUGCCGCCAACGGAGCCUUUUCCCUCUCGAGCCUGAGGAGAAAGUCUCCGGAGCCCGCAUCUGCCCACGGCCGUGUCAGCUGCCUCCGCCGCCAGGGCCGCUUCGGCCCCCGUCCGUGCUGUCCGCUCUCCGCCCGGCCCCAGCCGCAGGCGCCGGCCCGCCACCCCGGCGGAGAUCAUGAAUCAGGCAGAUAAAAAUCAAGAUAUUCCAUCAUACCUUAAUGAUGAGCCACCAGAAGGUUCAAUGAAAGAUCAUCCACAGCAGCAGCCAGGCAUGUUGUCUCGUGUGACUGGAGGUCUCUUCAGUGUUACAAAGGGAGCUGUUGGUGCCACCAUUGGUGGUGUGGCUUGGAUUGGUGGAAAGAGUCUGGAGGUGACCAAAACAGCUGUUACAACUGUGCCUUCCAUGGGAAUAGGGCUGGUCAAAGGGGGUGUGUCUGCAGUGGCUGGAGGUGUGACAGCUGUUGGGUCUGCUGUUGCAAACAAAGUGCCCUUAACAGGAAAGAAGAAAGACAAGUCUGACUAAAGCAUGGAGAUAUUUGUACUCUCCACAGCACUAUGAUGCCAGUGGCAUUGAAUUGCUCAAUUAUGGACUACAACCAGGUCACUUGUUUUGGACAUUUAUCUUCUAAACUGCUGUGUUGAAAGUAUUGAUGACUGGCCUUCGUCUACCAAGAAGAGACCAAUACUAGCACAGUGUAUGAAGGUUUCUCGUACUUAAAUUCCAGCUUUUUAUCUGGUAAAAUGUUACACUCACUUGGUUGUACCUGAAGAUAUGGUAUGUUGAAUAUUUACUAUAAGUCUCACAGUUUGACUAAAAAUGUGAAAGUUGAGUUUAGUAGAUGAUCUUUACAGUUCCAUAUGUACGAUGUGCCAGGUGACUCAUCUGCCCCUUAAGAAGGGCGUCUUGAACUACAUAAACUGUACCUUUGAUGUGCCUAAUAGUUUCAGAUGUCUUAGUUUUUUAUAAUCAUAGUUGAUAAGGCCAAGAGGCAUUCUUUUCUUAUUUAGGCUGGCAAAAGUAGCAGGAAUUAGAAAAGUGUAACAGAAAAAAAUGGUUUAUGAUGCAGAGUGUUAGCCAUCUUUCAUUAGAGAGUUCAUUUUAUUCAUUUAAUCAUUGAUGCCUUACCAAAAAAAAAAAACAUGUUUUCUAACACCCUAAGUAUAUUGUUAUUAUCUAUGAAUUCUUUUAAAGAUUGGUUGCAAAAUUAUUUUUCCACCUUAAGGAUCUCAGGAGUUGUGAGGUAAGGCAUUUCUUGGCUGUCAGCUGGGUGAGAUAGUGCUUGUGAGCUGUCUUGUUAGAGGUGGUUAAAAGAAAGUUGUGUUUCAGCUGGCUGCACCAUUAAUACACUUCACAUGUUUAACGAACAUUCGUUCCUGAGCAGAAGCUAUGUAGAAAGUGUUUGAAGAAGGAAUAAUUGAAGAGUUAACUUAAAGCAUCCAAGACAUAAAAGAAUCUUUUAGAAGGACUUACAUUAUUAGCAGUUUUCCUUUUUAAAAACAAUCAGAGAUAUGUGAGGAUUGACUUUUAAAUGGAAUGAAAUGGGUUCUGUAGAAUAGCUUUGAAUGUAAAAAAAUAAAGUAUGUUCAAAGACUUAUGUAGGCUUUCAGAAUAUGUUAUAUUACAGUCUUUUAAAACAUCGGUACUCUAUCAGUUUUUCAAACCCGUUUCAGGCAGGGAAUUGAAGUUUUUGAUUACAGAAGAUAGACAUGUCAUAUCUUACAUGUGUCUCAUUCAUUUUCAAAGAGUAUGAAUAAGCUGGAAUUAAUUUUUGUUUCAUGUUUAAGUUUCUUAAAAAUUUAGCAACAGGCAUACAUAUAUUUGUCAUUCCUUUUAACUAAAGGUUAUAAUUCAAGUGUGGAAAAUUUUAGUUUUUCCUGUACUUAGGUUUAGAAAUGUGUCUCCAUUCUGUUGAUGUGGGGCAUCAGGUAACCCUGUUGUAAAUAAACCAGUGUUCUUGCGAGCUUCAAACAGGUCGCUCCUAACACCACAGGCUCAGAUGCUUGUCAACUACCAAGAGGACUACAGCAGAUGAACAAGAGAGUAACAACUUUUAAUAACUCUCAUAGAUACCAAUGGGUUUUAAGCAAGUAUAUAAAUGUUCUUGAAUGUUCAUACUAUACAGAAACUGAAAGGUCAUUAGGAAGUUCAGCUCAUAAGGAAUUUAGUAAUUUAUUUCAUGUAAUAGGAUUUAAGGUGUAUUUGCUAUGUCUGUGGUCACUUGGCCCUAUGAUUAGCAAAAAAGUUUUUUAUUUUUUCCUAAAAUACCAAAAUUAAUGAACACUAAGUCUAAAUAAUUGUGUGAGAGAACUUGUUUCCUGCUGUUUGGAAGACAUUACUACUUCAUUGCUAGAUCUAUCUUCUAAUUUAUCUUUAGUCAUGGGCUCUGCUGCGCAUUGUACCUGAAUUUCUAAGUAUAGAUUUUUUGCCUAUUUAUUUUCAACUUUGUGUCUUUAAUAUCUCUUAGGGAAAAAUAGUUGUAAUUUCUGCUACAGAAAAGCCACCUGGCAUAUGUCGGGUCCUCAAGAUUAUUCUAAACUGCGUUUCUCCACAGGAGCUUUGGCAGCGAUAGCCGAGAACUCUGCAGGCGUAGUUACCAUAGGUUCUUGUGGAGAUGGACUUGCCAUUUGACAUGUACAGCUGUUUGAGACUUUUUAUUUACACAGACUAGCAGUUUGACCUGUUAAACAGGAUUAGUUCACUUUAAGAAACUAAGGUUGUUGUGUACACCUGGAGACCUCUGUUAUUCAGCAGUCUUCUGAGUGGCUAUUUGACACACCAGUAUAAACUCGGGUGGCCCCCAUGAAUUACUGAUCUAAUUAUAUUGCUAUUAUGAAUACUGUUAUUAGUGAAAAUGUCAGAUGAAAAUAACUGAAUUUUUUUUGUAUUAAAGGGAUGGGAAAACAUGAAUCUGAUAAUAAAAGCACUAUGAUCU